AUUUGUGUUUGCACAAGAUCUUUAUACAGCAAUUGAUAACAUUUCGUACAGUGGUGGUGGAACUAACACCCACGAGGCGUUGAUGCAAGCCUAUAAAGAUAUGUUUAAUGGCGAAAAAGACGUCCAGUUCCCAGAAACAAAGAAAAUUUUGAUUGUUUUUACUGAUGGCAAAAGUCAUGGAAGUGUUGAACAACCUUCAAAAGAACUAAAAAACAUUGGCGUCGUAAUAUAUUCAAUUGGAAUUGGAUCUGGAAUCGAUGUCUCGGAGCUGGAAACAAUGGCUUCUCCUGCUGCAAAAGAUCACGUGUUCUUUUUGCGAAACUUUUACGAAUUAUCUGCUUUGGAAAAAAAUAUCCCUUAUUCGGCUUGCAAUGAAAAAAGUGAAUGCUACAAAUGCCAUAAGCAAGCGUCGUGUAUUAAUACCAAUAGCACGCUCCACUGCUCUUGCAACAACGGUUUCACUGGAAAUGGAUCUUCAUGCACAGAUGUCAAUGAAUGUGAAAUUGGAACAAACAACUGCAAUGGCAACGCAUCGUGCAAAAAUACUUUUGGCUCGUUUAACUGUGUUUGCAAUAUUGGAUUUAUUGGCAAUGGAACGACAUGUAAAGAAAUAACAAUAUGCACAAAAAACAUCGAUCUUGGAUUUAUAUUGGACAGUUCUGGCAGCAUUGGUCGUUACAGCUUUGAUAUAACGAAGUCAUUUGUGAAAGAUCUCACGAAAUAUUUCACGAUUUCCCAAAACAGCACAAGAGUGUCAGUGAUGUCAUAUGCGUCACAGACCACACUGCAUUUUCACUUUUCCCGAGUAUUUGGAACCCGACAGGAUCUUUAUUCAGCAAUCAACAACAUUCCAUACAGUGGAGGGGGAACGAACACUCAUCUGGCGUUAUUGAGAGCGUAUAUUGAUAUGUUUAAUGCCAAAAAUGGUUCCCGUUUUUCAGGUUUAAAGAAAGUUUUGAUCGUUUUCACGGAUGGCAAAAGCAAUGGAAAUGUACACCCACCUUCUCAACAACUUAAAAAAAUCGGUGUUGUAAUAUAUUCCGUUGGAAUUGGGUCUGGAAUUCAUUUGUCAGACUUGAAAACGAUGGCUUCCUCUCCUUCAAAUAAACACGUGUUCCAUUUGUCUAAUUUUAAUGAUCUAUCAACUUUGGAGAAAAAUAUCUCAAACUCUGCUUGUAAUGAUGAUUAUGAAUGUUACCGCUGCGAUAUUCAUGCAUCGUGUCUUGAAACUAAUGGCUCACUUCACUGCUUUUGUAACGUUGGUUUUGUUGGAGAUGGAUAUUCAUGCGCAGAUGUGAAUGAAUGUCAAAAUGGGACUAACAUUUGCAAUCGUAACGCGUCGUGCAACAAUACCAUUGGUUCUUUUGACUGUCUUUGCAACACCGGCUAUUUUGGUGAUGGAAUAACAUGUGAAGAAGUAUGCACAGAAAGGAUUGACCUCGGGUUCAUUUUGGACAGUUCUGGCAGUAUUGGGGGAUAUAAUUUUGCUCUAACCAAAUCUUUUGUGAAAGAUGUAACGGACAAUUUCGAAAUAUCUCAAAAGUACACAAGAGUGUCAGUGAUGUCAUAUGCGACAAGCACAAAACUACAUUUUAAAUUUUCUCGAGUAUUCCGAACCCGACAAGAUAUUUAUGCAGCAGUAGAUAACAUUCCAUACAGUGGAGGGGUGACGAACACCCAUCUGGCACUUACGAGAGCGUAUACUGAUAUGUUUAAUGCCAAAAAUGGUUCCCGUUUUUCAGGUGUAAAGAAAGUGUUAAUUGUUUUUACGGACGGCAAAAGCAGUGGACAUGUAUACCAAUUAUCCCAGCAAUUAAAAGAUGUCGGCGUUGUAAUAUUUUCUAUUGGUAUUGGGUCAGGAGUCGAUUCUUCAGAGUUGAAAACAAUGGCUUCCCUUCCUGCAAGUGAUCAUGUGUUCCUUUUGAGCCAUUUUCAUAAACUAUCAACUUUGGAACGGAAUAUCUCAUAUUCCACAUGCAAUGAUUUACAUGAAUGCUACCACUGUGAUAUUCACUCAUCUUGUAUAAAAACGAAUGGCUCAUUUCACUGCUUUUGCAAUAUCGGGUAUACUGGGGAUGGAAUGACAUGCAACGAUGUGAAUGAAUGUGAAAUUGGAAGAAACAACUGCAAUAGUAACGCGUCUUGCAAGAAUACCGAUGGCUCUUUUAACUGUCUUUGCAACACGGGCUAUUUCGGAGAUGGAAUAACAUGUGAAAAAAUAACGAUGUGCACAAAAAAGAUCGAUCUUGGAUUUAUAUUGGACAGUUCUGGCAGUAUUAACCGUUACAGUUUUGGUAAAAUGAAAUCUUUUGUAAAAGAUCUCGCAAACUUUUUCACGAUUUCUCAAAACAGCACAAGAGUGUCAGUGAUAUCUUAUGCGACAUGGACCACACUGCAUUUUCCCUUUUCUCGAGUAUUUGGAACCCGACAAGAUCUUUAUUCAGCAAUAGAUAACAUUCCAUACCAUGGAGGAGGAACGAACACCCAUCUUGCGUUGUUAAGAGCGUAUACAGAUAUGUUUAAUGCCAAAAACGGUUCCCGACUCACAGGUGUAAAGAAAGUUUUGAUCGUUUUUACCGAUGGCCAUAGCACUGGAAAUGUAUACCAACCCUCCCAGCAACUCAAGAAUAUCGGUGUUGUAAUAUAUUCUAUCGGAAUUGGGUCUGGAAUCCAUUUUUCAGAGUUGAAAACAAUGGCUUCUCCUCCUGCGAAUAAUCAUGUGUACCUUUUGCGAAAUUUUUAUGGACUAUCAACCUUGGAAAAGAAUAUCUCAUAUUCUGCUUGCAACGAUAAUUAUGAAUGUCACAGCUGCGAUAUUCAUGCAUCGUGUCUCAAAUCCAAUGGCUCUUUUCGCUGCUUUUGUAAAAUCGGUUACACUGGAGAUGGAUUAUCAUGUAAUGAUGUGAAUGAAUGUGAAAUUGGAACUAACAACUGCAAUAGUAACGCGUCUUGCAACAAUACCAUUGGCUCAUUCAGAUGUGCUUGCAAUGUCGGCUAUGUUGGAGAUGGAAUAACAUGUAGAGACGUUACAAUCUGCACCAAACAGAUCGACCUUGGGUUUGUAAUGGACAGUUCUGGCAGCAUUGGACGUUAUAAUUUUGAAAAAACCAAAUCUUUUAUAAAACAUUUUACGGAUUAUUUCAAAAUUUCUCCAAACGAAACAAGAGUGUCGGUGAUAACGUACGCGACAACGCCAACAUUACAUUUUGGAUUUUCUCGAAAAUUCAGGACACGACGGAAUCUUUAUUCGGCAAUAGAUAACAUUCCAUACAACGGAGGGGGAACGAACACCGCGAGGGCUUUAUCAGAAGCAUAUAUAGAUAUGUUUGAUACACAGAAUGGUGCUAGGAUUUCAGGAAUAACGAGAAUUUUAAUAGUUUUUACUGACGGAAAAAGCAGUGGAAAUGUUUAUUAUCCUUCUCAACAACUCAAAAACAUGGGUGUCGUAAUAUUCUCAAUUGGAGUUGGUUCAGGAAUCGAUGUCUUAGAGCUCGAGACAAUGGCUUCUUCUCCUGCAAAAGACCAUGUGUUCCUAAUCCACAAUUUCAAUGAGUUUGCUGAUUUGGCUCACAAUAUGUCAUUUGAUGCUUGCAAUGGCAACACCACAAACAUAACGCGAGGUCCCAUCACACGAAGUCGAGGUUCAUGUGGAAAUACUUCACUGUAUACUCCUGGCAGACUAACAAGUCCAUUUUAUCCUUACUAUUACGCCAGAGACACGGAUUGUACUUGGAUUAUUUCUACUACCAAUGGAAAAAUUAUUUUAGUUCAAUUUUUAUUCUUCUCGCUGGAAAUCGAUUCGAGUUGUCGACAUGAUUAUUUGGACGUUUAUGAUGGUAAUUCUAUGAACGCAGAAAAACUGGGGAGGUUUUGUGGGGAGCAAUUGCCAAGGCAAUUGUUUUCAAGUGGUUCAAAGCUCUUCUUCGUAUUUCAUACGGACAGUAGUGUUCAGGAACAAGGGUUUGUUCUCGACUACACAAGCAGAAAUGAUUCAUGUGGAAACACUUAUCUGAAUACUCCUGGCAGACUCACAAGUCCUCGUUAUCCGUACGUUUAUUCAAAAAACACGAACUGUUCUUGGGUUAUUUCUAGUGCCAAUGCAAAAAAUGUUUUACUGCAAUUUUCAUUCUUCUCGAUGGAAGGCAGUUCAAGAUGUCAACAUGAUUAUUUGGACGUUUAUGAUGGCAAUUCUGUGUAUGCGAAAAAACUGGGGAGGUUCUGCGGGAAAAACAUGCCAAAAACUCUGGUAUCAUCUGGUUCAAAGUUCUUCAUCGUAUUUUAUACCGACCAUAGUGUUCAGAAACAAGGGUUUGUUCUCAACUACAGGGACACAAAUGAUACCAAUAAAUGUUCUGGAGCUUCAUGUGGUCCCUAUGGAAACUGCGCACAAAUUAAUGGUUCGUACAUUUGUGUUUGUAAACCUGGAUAUAAAGGAAACGGAACAAACUGUACAGAUAUCAAUGAAUGUCAAUCAAAUCCCUGCAAUGUGAAUGCAACUUGUGGCAACAUUGCUGGUUCGUAUAAGUGUACUUGCCGUGUCGGUUUUGAAGGCGACGGAAGGAGGUGUACAGAUAUUAAUGAAUGUCAAUUAAAUCCCUGCAAUGUAAAUGCAAGUUGUGGCAACAUCGCUGGUUCAUAUAACUGCACUUGCAAUGUCGGCUUUGAAGGCGACGGAAAGAGGUGUACAGAUAUCAAUGAAUGUAAUGGCCCUAAUAACUGUUCCCCGAACGCUGUCUGUCAAAAUAUAGUCGGGAGGUACACGUGUGAUUGUAUUGAUGGAUAUCACGGUGAUGGAACUCGCUGUGACGAUAUAGAUGAAUGUACUGAACGAUCAAAGAAAUGUACAGGUGCAGGUGAAUUGUGUACAAACUACCCCGGGGGAUACCGCUGUGGGUGUAUCAGUCCAGGCCAACAAUAUAUUGAUAACAAGUGUACUGAUAUUCAGGCAUCCGUCCAAGGCGAAUUCCGAAUAAUAAAUCGCCAAUACAUCCCUGCCUUUAAUAAUAAAAACAGCGCAGAGUACUUCCAAUUUACUGAAAUGUUAAUUAAAGAGCUAACAAGCCUUUACACCAAGACACCGAAGCUACAUUCCACCUUUCGUUCAAUUGUCAUAUUACGACUAUUUCCUGGGUCGGUGUGCCUCGAUUACGUGGCAACAUUCAGCGAUACAAAGGGCAUAGAUGUAAAAAAUAUUCAGGAUGAGUUGGCACAAUCGCUACAAGUCACACAAAAUGGAACAUUCCUUGGCAACGGUCUCAAAAUAAGCGAGAGUACGAAUAUCACUGAAGUCGCAAAACAUCUAAGAGUUCAAGAUUACGACGAAUGUAAUCCUAAAAAUAGCAUCCAUGCUCCUCCCUGUGGCAACAAUGCAACUUGUAUCAACACAAACACAAGUUACGAUUGUGUUUGUGAUGUAGGAUUUGUGAAAAGUAGCGCUGUAUGUGCUGAUAUCGACGAGUGUUCCGAGGAUAGUAAUUCCUGUCCGGCUAAUUCUGAAUGUAAAAAUACAAUCGGAUCUUUCACGUGUUCCUGUAAAUCUGGAUACGUUCGUAAUGGAAUUAUUUGUAAAGAAACAUCGAAGGAGCCGACUGAGCACGGAACUAAAUGGUAUAUCUUCGUAAUAAUAAGUGUGGCUGGGAUUGUAAUCGGGCUCUUAAUUGCAUGUAUUGUGGUAUGCCAACGUCGUCGAUUUUUGAAAAGAAAUGUUGAAUUUAAUCCGGAUGUUCAACAUUCAUAUCAGAAUUCAGUUUACGAAUUAGAUGCUGGGAAAGGUGGAAAGACAACUUUUAUGAGUCGGAGGGAACUGCCAGACACUAGAGUUCCGAACAGUAUUAACUAA